AUGACGGUCUUGGAAACCUGCCGGCCGGUGGCCCCUUGUUCUUUCUUGCCCAAGUUCUCCAUUCACAUAGAGACGAAAUACGAGGACAACAAAGGCAGCAAUGACAACGACCUGCGGUACUUCAAGUCAGAGAAGACGUCGAGGGGCAUGCUGCAGGAGGGCUGGAGGGACACCCAGGAGCCCAUCAUGUGUUCCUACAAGCUGGUCACCGUCAAGUUUGAGGUGUGGGGCCUGCAGACGCGCGUAGAGCAGUUUGUACACAAGGUGGUGCGUGACGUGCUGCUCCUGGGCCACAGGCAGGCUUUUGCAUGGGUGGAUGAGUGGAUCGACAUGACGAUGGAUGAGGUGAGAGAGUAUGAGCGCACCAUCCAGGAAGCCACCAACGAGAAGAUCGGAAUUUUCCCCCCGUCGAUCUCCAUCAGCGAGAUGCCCCUGUCCUCCUGCACCCUCUCUGGACCCGCCAGUGCCCCCACCACCCCCCUCUGCACUGAUGCGCCCGAGUUCCUCUCCGUCCCCAAGGACCGAGCCCGCAAGAAGUCCGCCCCUGAGACCCUCACCCUGCCCGACGCCGCUACCCAGAACCAGAGUGGAGUCCCCCAGGGCUCUAUGCUGGUGCCAGUUCCAAAUCAAAAUCACUCCCCCUGGCCCUCCUCUGACUCUGACCAGGCUGAGUUAGGGGGGGAAUAGGAGGGACGGGAUGUUCUUUUCCUCCAUAUGCCCCGCCACCUCACUGUCUUAGUAGCCCAGCAAGACUAGCCUCUACGCCCCAGUGCCCAGUCCUACAGGCCCAACUAACCAUAUCCCAGAGUUCAGUUCUUCUUACACAUAUCACCAGAGGUGAAAGGUCUAACCACCAGUUUCCAAUCUCCUACAUCCUCAACAUAAGUCGGUUUUGUCAGCCUUCAAUGGAUGGCUUCCUCUUCCUGAGAUCUAGCCAAUCAGAUGUCUGACCGACUGUGACAACCACCUAAGCUGUCCAUCAAGAGAACAUAUCCACAAGGGGUUUUGUGUCCUGUCCUCAAUUAGCAAUCCCUGUGUUUGUCUUAAAAUACGUUAUUGACAAAAUUCCAGAUGAUGGAUUCUCUUUUUUUUUUAUAUAUAUAUAUAUAUCAGGUCAGCUGAUGAUCCUUAUGUAAUGUAAAUGUAGUUGCCAUAACACCAUGAAAUUAGAGAUACAAUGAUAUUAAUAUUGUUUUGUGAACCUCUUUCCAUGGAAUUCUCAGCCUACAAAUAUAUCGAAAUAUCAUUUUGACCUUGAAAUAAAUACACUUUUUAACAAAAUGGAAGUAGAAGUACUGUAGUAUAGUUAGAUUUUAUAACCACAUUGACUCACUAAAAAGACACCACCUUUCACCUGGACAGAGGACAGACCAUUCAAAACUGAACCCAGAUCUGUGUGUGUUCACGUCUCCACUCCACACUCCUCCUGAAACAGAUGCAAGAUCAGUACAAUCACAGAAAGAGAUCCCUUCUCAGGUCUCCAGAGCUCUGCCUCAGCCCUCUUUAGGAAGGGCAGGGAACGUAACCAUUCUCUCCUUGCUUUAAAACACAAUUUUUAUACCUGCACAGAUAUAUCUAUAUACUAUAUCUAUACUCACCUGUCUACUUAACUAACCUUUGGAACGUUUACACAACAUUAGAUAAGCCAUGAUAAAAUACAUAUUUGGCAUCAAGUCUGACAUUGAGGAGUGAUGCAGUCAGUUUAAUCAAAUUGGUAUAGCAACAGAACAGAUAUGACUAGGAAAAAUGCCAUUUGGGGGAUAUGCUGUAAAUGUAAGUGAACAUUGAGCACAGUGGAGUUGAUAAGGAAUUCCAUGCUUUGCGCAGGGCACUCGCUUCAACCUGGCCUUAUUCUAUGUACUUGGUUACCUUUGCAUUGUGCGCAUUGUGUUUUUAGGAAUACCGAUAAUGUUGCUUGCCAAUGUUGGUAUUGUACCUGUUUUGGUGGGAUCAGGAAGUUAUUUUGACGCAACAACGUUAGCGGCGGCCAUCUUUUUUUUCCCCUGCGCUAGCCUCACCACAGUGUGUCAUCAGAAACUUUUGGGGGGGAGAAACAUUGAGGACUAACGGUUUCUCUACUGUUUUAUACAAUCACAUAAAUGCAUCAAGGGGUCUCAUAUGCCGCAUGAAAUGUUCACAAACACGUAUACAUAUGUGAAGUAUAUGUGUAUAUAAAUGGCAGGAUAUACUGUUGAUGCGAAAUUGUGGAGAAAGCGAAUGUGACGUUGUCCUAGGCUCUGUAGUGUAACCAUUGUAUAGUAAAGCGGAGUUUUAGCAGAGACUGAAACUGAGCAUGUUCUGAGAAGACAACUCUCUACUCUGUGCCUCUGCAUGCAAAAGUCUAUAUUGUCUCGUCUGUAUACAAAUCCAAAACAUUUCAAUAAAGAAAAAACAUCCCAUUUUGUUGUAACGUUAAAGGACAAUUGCACCACUUUUCAACCUCAUUUUCAUGAUCUCCAGCACAAUGCCAGUGUCUGCAUAUGUGAAAAUGGCGCAGUUCUACAUUUUGUAGAAAGAAAUAUAAAGUUACAAAGUUCUACCCGAUGACAUCAUCAACCAUUUAAAAAAACAGAUUUUCAGACACUGAGAUUCACGGUGACGUGGAGCAAUAGAAUACCCUACCUCUGGCUUGAAACUCGUUUCAGGGUUUGAAAAUCACAGUUUUUCUUACUUUUAAUCCUACCUUGUGAUGUCACAGAGAAGCAUUUAGGACCUUCUUAUGUUUGCAACCACAGAUCAUAGAAACACACCGUUUUCACAUAUCUAGACACCCGUAUGGUGCUGGAGAUAAUGAAUAUGAGUUUGUAAAGUGGCUGAAUGGCCAUUUUAAGCCUACUAUUCCAUUUAUUGCAAUUUCAAAACAUUGAUUUGAAAUACAGCUUCGUGUUAGUUACUUUCAUCAUCGAAAUGUAUAAGAUUUUGAGAGAAAUAGCUGAAGUUUGUAGUACCUGUUGACCAUUGUUUUGUCCUGAAGACGUCACAUUACAUUACAUAUGUGGGCAUUUGCACUUUGUGAUGAGAAACAAACGUGUACUGACAAACGUGUACUGACUGUUAUAUCUCUGUUAGGGUUUUGUUGGACCGAAGUUAUACAAGCCUACUUGUUGGUCAGAUAUAGACCACUCUACACUAUAGACCACUAUAGACCACUCUACAGUGUCUAACCCCAAAAUGUCUCAUCUUUACACAAGAUGCUCACUAUCAUUCUAAACUGUACUUGUCUUUGCUGUUAAAUUUCCUGUGGGAUACAUGUGUUAAAUGAUAUUGACUAUCAGGAAUAAAAAAGAUCCAGGGACAUGUUUGAGUGCCAGUAAGCUAAUGGCUAUAUCAAAACGAACGCAAAAUGACAAGCAUAACAUCCAGGGUCAGUUACUUUUCAGAGAGAAGGUCUAGGUUUUAUAAAUAGUCAACUCUUUCGUUGUCGGUUGCAUGCUCCACGUAAGUUCAUGAAGACUUUUUGAGUGAGCUUAUGUGGAGCAUGGAACAGAAAGUGAAUGAGUUUACUAUUUACGAAACCUAGUCCUUCACUCUGAAAAAUAACCGACCCUUGAGAUUAUACUUGUCAUUUUGCGUUCGUUUUGAGAGUGCAACUGUUUGGUUGGAAUCUAUAACAUUUAAGGUGCAAUGUCCCAUUUGUUAGUUCUCUUUAUCGAGCUGUUGAAAAAUCCACAGUAGAAAAGACCAUUGUAACUACAUACUGUACGUUACAACCCUAUGUGCAAAAUACAUUUAAAAAAUGUAUUUUUGGUUGAAAGGACAUUGAAAAUUGGAAUUUUUCAACAUAUUGUGCUCACUGUGAAAAUAUUUACUUUAAUAUUUGCAACCUCCCCAUUGUAGUGUGCAUCAUCGAUGUUCCAGUUGCUUUUGGUGAUCCUAUAGCUCUUUGACCUAAUGACACAUUAUCUAUAAAAACAAUCUUUGAAUCAAUCUUUUUUAUUUUUUUUAUUGGGGGGACUGUGUUUACUUUUGAAUUUUUACAAUAUACCUUGACUUGGAGGUUGGUUUUCUGUUAUAAUUUUCACAAGUGCUGUAGUUUGAUUUUGUGGUUUGCUGUAUUUCAAAUGGCAUCUGUUCGUUCUAAGAAAAGGACCAAGCUUUCGUUGUGUCCCUCCUGGUGCGGCUUGCCAGGCUGUCGUGCUGUCUCCCUAGCUCUGGUCCAGGUUGUCACUGCUGCUUCCUGAUACUGAGCCUCUUAAGCAGGACGAGCGUUAGCAAUCCACACUAACACCCUGGACCAGAGCUACUGUCUCCCUAUCUGAAGUGCCAUCCUUGUUCGGCUACUGGAAGUCGCUCUGGGUUCUUCCACUGAUUAUAUUUGUUAUAUUUUUACUGCCCUCCUUGAGGUACAUUUGGUUCUCUGUUGUAAUUAUUGUUUCACUUUUUUCUUAAUUCUUGUAGUAAAUAAAGUUUACUUGCUACUACA